GCUGAGGCCUCUUUGAACUUCAUGCCCACAUUAAAAAUGGAGGGAGUUGUGGUCACGUGAUAGGGACCACGCCGGCUCCGCUUGGGGCUGUGCUAAGUGGGAGCCUAGCAGCGGGAGUAACACCACAACCCUGAGCCUGACCGAGGCAGAGGCGCAUGCGCGGCCGGACUGAAGCGGAGGGGAGGGGAAGCGGAGAGAGGAGAGGAGCGAGUAGCUCCGCCCCCUCUUGCUCCUGCGGUUUCAGUGACUUCCCCGUGCUGAGGCCGGGGGCGGGGCUGUCACUUCCUCCCUCCUGGGUCCGAGGCCAGCAGCUGCCCCCUGCCCUCCCCCUCAGCAUGCGCAGCCCACCCGCCCUGCCCGAGGACAUCGUCAGCCUCCUGGCAGAUGUUGACACAUUUAUAUCUGAUACCCUCAAAGGAGAGAAUUUAUCCAAGAGAGCAAAGGAAAAAAAGGAUGCUCUUAUUAAGAAGAUAAAAGAGGUCAAGGCUAAUUACCCUCAAGAUUUCCAGGAUAAAGGAGAAUUGGAAGAUGAGGAAGAGUCUGAGGGCUCUUUCCCUUCACCUCCUGAUAAUCUCUCAUUAGCAUCUGACCGAUAUGAUAAAGAGGAUGAAGGACCCUCUGAUGGGAACCAGUUUCCUCCUAUUGCUGCUCAAGACCUUCAAUUUGUUCUAAAGUCUGGAUACCUUGAAAAACGUAGAAAAGACCACAGUUUUCUUGGCUUUGAAUGGCAGAAGCGUUGGUGUGCUCUCAGUAGAACAGUCUUCUAUUAUUAUGGAAGUGAUAAAGACAAACAACAGAAAGGUGAAUUUGCUAUAGAUGGAUACACCGUCAGAAUGAAUAAUACCCUUCGGAAGGAUGGAAAGAAAGAUUGCUGUUUUGAAAUCUCGGCUCCUGAUAAACGCAUUUAUCAGUUUACAGCAGCUACUCCCAAAGAAGCAGAGGAAUGGUUACAAGAAAUCAAAUUUGUAUUGCAAGACUUGGGAUCUAAUGUCAUUCCUGAGGAGGAAGAAUAUGAUGACGUUGGACAAGUUUCUCCUCCAGUCAGCACUGCACCAAUAGAUGAUGACAUUUAUGAAGAACUUCCAGAAGAAGAAGAAGAAGAGAGUGCUCCUCCAAAGACUGAAGAGCCAAGGAAACUGAGCCAAGAGAGCACUAGCAAUGUUUCAGGGGAUAAAAAUACCAAUUAUGCUAAUUUCUACCAAGGUCUGUGGGACUGCACAGGAGAUGUUUCUGAUGAGUUGUCAUUUAAACGUGGCGACGUUAUCUACAUUCUCAGCAAGGACUACGAUAGAUUUGGCUGGUGGGUAGGAGAAAUGAAGGGAACCAUUGGCUUGGUGCCUAGAGCCUACAUAAUAGAGAUGUAUGAUAUUUGAGAGGCCUGGGAGAAUUCUGCAAUUACAAUCAAGAGUGAUGUACAACUGCACCUUCCAGACCUGGUUUCCAAAAUGCAAAGAUUCUGCUGUGUGAACUUGGUUGUUUGAUGGGUGUAGUCAGACCACCACACCAAAUAUAUUAAACAUAAAACAUUUUUUAAUUUUUCUGCAUUUCUGUACUAGUUUAUCAUUAAUCUUUUUGGGGAAAAUGCUCUGUUCAAUCCUUUGUUAUAUAACUAAAGUACUGUGACACUCAACAGAAGAUGUUAGUUAACAUGUGAUGCACAAGCAGCAAAGCUGUACCUGUUGCUAUUUUGCUGAAACAUUAAGUGCACUUUGUAGUAAUAGAUAUGUUCUGUUUAAAUGGAAUCAGAUAACUUUUUUCUAUGUAAAUUUUAAAAAUUUAGCAACACCUUGACAGUGGCAAAUCAUCAUUCUCCUCAUGUGGAUUUUAGUAGCAUUAGCCUUUUGAUAAAUUCACUUCAAUGGGACUGCAAUGUAUAAUUCCAUAGAAAAACUAGGUAAAUUCCUGUGCAAUAAUGCAAGUUUUAAAACUAACAUGCUUCUAAAGAAACGUUUUACAUUUCUGCAUGAUUUAUUUCUUCAUAUAAUUUUAGUAUUUUUAUGUAGAAUAAGAUGUUAUAGUCACAAAAUAAUAUAUAAGACCAGAUCCUCAAUUCUUGUACAUAAGCUCCAUUAAAGUCAGUAGAACUCAUUGAUUUACACCAUGUUAUCUUUAUUGGCAGACUUGCAUCAUGAGAAAUGUGGUCAUGAGAAUAAAACAUAUAGAAUUGAAAAUUAUUAUAUUCUGGGUUGACAAUACAUGUUGUAUUUAAAAAAAAACAUUUGUGGAUGAUUCUUUGUCAGUGAAAAAGUCUAUAUACCUGUUGUGAUAUUGUUGAAGUAUGGAUGUUGUCAUUAGGUCAAUUCUGCAAACCUUACUCAUGUAAAUGAUCCUUGCUUGCAUAAGUAGUGCCACAGAAGUCUAUGCAACAGCUUAUGUGAAUGCAGGUUAUUUGCAGUCUUGACAGUAUCAAAUCCAGAAUCUGAAGUUAUUCAGUUAAAACACACACACACCGAGCAAACAUUUCAUUUAUACACACAAAAGCACGACAAUUCAGAGUCAAUACUUAAAAUCCCCUUGUUCUACUUAAGUGUUGUGUAUUCUAGUAUGUAAGAUCACCAACUAUCUAGAGUCUCCAGCACUGCUGGAAACAACCAGGGAUAGCCUUGUGAUUUGUGAGGCCUCAAGCUGCCAAAAAGGCAGGUCAAGCCAGUCUGCGAGUUGCUGAGCCUAUGCAGGUCCUCAGUGAGCUGUUUAUGCUUCAGGCUAGCCCUGAAAACAGAAUGAGUUAAAAGGUAGCUUUUGUCUGUGUGUGCUUUAGACCACUAACAUUAUUUUAUUUUACCCUUUGUUACACAAGACUACUAGUAGGAGUAAAAUCGGGUGAGGUUUUAUGGUUAUUUUAUAAACAUAUAUUUUUGAGAAAUGGGCGUCCAAACCAGGUAAUCUGUGAAGCAUGAAAACGAUAGAUAGUAAAUUUAGAACUUUAUUUUCUCAGGUAUACUUCUGGAUUGUAUUUAGAAUGUGAACUGUCAAUAUCGCAAGAGCUUUUUCUCAUUAACAUGAAAAGUCUUCCUAUUACACAUUUCAGAAAUUCACCACAACUGCUUUUCUUUUUGUAACAACUCUCUUCUGUCAAAUACACAGUAUACACACUAGUCACCUGUAAAAUUGAAUUAACAAAAGGAAAAUCAUCUGAGUUGUACUAAAUUUGAUUUUUUUUAAAGAUACUUUAUAUGCCAAGAUUAAACCCACAGCAGAUUUUUACAGCUGAGUUAAACCCCCUGAAAUGAGUGGUCUUGUGCUGACAAACCCUGAACUACAGCAGCGCUAGUGGGCACCACUGUUCUAUUUUGGUAUAGAAGAGAAGAUUUUGCAAUGGUUUGUCAGUAGAUGGCAGCAGAUUUUCGUAGCAUGUUGAACUGGUUGGAAACCCUUCCCCCCACCAACGUGUGUCUUAUGCACAGGCACAUCAUUUGCAACUUAAAACAUUUGGAGGGCUCCUUUCUCUUUUCCUGUUAAUCCAGGAGAGGGAGUCCUUAGCUAACUGAUGAAUAAAAAGCUCUUUGAGCUGCUUUUCCUGGUGCUGGUGGCACAAAUAGAAAUAAAGCAUCUUUUGUCCGCAGUUCCUAAGUCCUUUGUUUUUUCUCACUUAGUACAAUGUGAGAGGUUAGCAAACAAACUACAUAAAUAUUCAAAAACUAGGAUAUUUUGAAACAGAGACCCAUAACUCUGACCCAAAACCCUGACCUGAAAUUUCUUGGACUAAACCAACAAUGUAAAACAGAAAAAAAUGUUUACUUUAAAUCUUUGCAAAUACCAUAACCUUUUUUGGAUGAGAAAGUUCCCAUUAAUAGAACUUAUACAAAAUUGGGUGUUAGAAAAUAUGCUUAAUUGCUUUGUUUUUGUUGUUUACUUGGAUUUCGUUUGCCUUUCUGUGAAGAGUAAGACAGCUAAUUUUUUUCCAAAGGUGAUUGUAAGUCAUAUUUUAUACAGCAUUUUUAUUUGAUUAUUUGCUCUGUACUGAAUUUGUACUAUAUUGCCAUUAGAUCUUACAAUAAUGUUCCACUCUGCAAAUUUUUAAGGUUCAAAUAAAGUUUAAUUGUUUGCAAA